UAUUCUAGUGGGAGGAGAUGUUGACAAGCACAAGGACAUCUUGCACCGCGGACCAGCCAGCCUGACUGUAUUCGUUUAUAUAUUACAAAUAUAAAGCUUGCUUGAGGGGAUGUAGUUCAUUUAGACCAACAUUAUUUUUGGAACUAUGCUGAAACGCUGACGAUUUUCUACCGGCUUUUGGACGCUUGUGUAAGGAUCCGCGCCUCCCCAAUGUGAACUGUCAACGUCGCUGCUGUUUGUAAACGUGUUAAUGGUGGAUUUUGUUCCCUGUAGGAGACAACAUUAAUUUUCAGCAAGAUAUACUUUGUUUUUGUGUUUUUACUUUGUCAACUGUGGUUAUCUGCUGUCCAUACAUGUGGUCACGGCUGGUCAGGAGGCUUAACUGUGAGGAUAAAUUAAUGGAGCUAGGUUAACUUUAGCCCGAGCGCUAACGUUGGCCCGAAAAUUCACCGACUUGUUAAAUGAAUGCAUCUCUUUAUGGACUAUUUCGCCAAAACAACGUAGAAGAUAUUUGUGUUGUUUGCCGUUUAUUGCUGGGCACUCCCCCCACUCAAUCUUUCUCAGCCCACCCAAUUUACAGCACGCUGUCAAUAUGGUGGUCAACACAAUCCACUGGUUUCGCAAGGGACUGAGACUGCACGACAACCCGUCUUUGAGGGACUCUAUCCGGGGAGCAGACUCUUUACGUUGCAUCUACAUUCUGGAUCCCUGGUUUGCAGGGUCGUCCAACGUAGGCAUCAACAGGUGGAGGUUUUUGUUGCAUUGCUUAGAAGACUUAGAUGCCAGUCUGCGCAAACUCAACUCCCGCCUGUUUGUCAUCCGAGGUCAACCCACAGAUGUCAUCCCCAGAAUAUUUAAGGAAUGGCAGAUCACCCAUUUAUCCUAUGAAUAUGACUCUGAGCCUUUUGGCAAGGAACGUGAUGCUGCUAUUCAAAAGCUAGCAAGUGAGGCGGGGGUUGAAGUCAUGGUGCGGAUUUCACACACGCUCUAUGAUCUGGACAAGAUCAUAGACGUUAAUGGUGGUCAGCCUCCUCUCACAUACAAGCGCUUCCAGGCCCUCAUCAAUUGCAUGGAUGCUGUGGAAUCUCCUGCAGAGACAAUCACGUCUGAGGUUCUCAAAAACUGUGCCACACCCAUUAGAGAAGACCAUGACGAGAAGUUCGGAGUGCCAUCACUGGAGGAACUUGGUUUUGAGACAGAGGGCCUAACGACAGCAGUAUGGCCAGGUGGAGAAACAGAAGCCCUCUUGAGACUAGAGAGACAUCUGGAGAGGAAGGCAUGGGUGGCAAAUUUUGAGCGUCCUCGAAUGAAUGCCAACUCGCUCCUGGCAAGUCCUGCAGGCCUCAGCCCCUACCUUCGCUUUGGAUGCCUGUCUUGUCGACUUUUCUAUUUUAAGCUUACUGACUUAUACAUGAAGGUUAAAAAGAACAACACACCACCACUUUCCUUGUAUGGCCAGCUGCUGUGGAGGGAGUUCUUCUAUACCACCGCCACCAACAACCCUUGUUUUGAUAAGAUGGAGGGAAACCCUGUAUGUGUCCAGAUCCCCUGGGACCGAAACCCAGAGGCGCUGGCCAAGUGGGCAGAAGGACAGACAGGCUUUCCUUGGAUAGAUGCAAUUAUGACCCAGCUGAGGCAGGAGGGGUGGAUCCAUCAUUUGGCCCGACACGCUGUGGCCUGCUUCCUCACCAGGGGAGAUCUUUGGAUCAACUGGGAGGAAGGCAUGAAGGUGUUUGAGGAGUUGCUGUUAGAUGCAGACUGGAGUGUGAAUGCUGGCAGCUGGAUGUGGCUUUCUUGCAGUUCCUUUUUCCAGCAGUUUUUUCACUGUUACUGCCCAGUCGUAUUUGGACGACGAGCAGACCCCAACGGCGACUACAUAAGGCGAUAUUUGCCUAUAUUGAAAGGCUUUCCAGCCAAAUAUAUCUAUGAUCCAUGGAAUGCCCCAGAAGAGCUACAGAAGGCCGCCAAGUGUGUCAUUGGAGUCCACUAUCCAAAGCCCAUGGUGAACCAUGCUGAGGCCAGCCGCAUCAACAUCGAGAGGAUGAAGCAAAUUUAUCAGCAUCUUUCUUGCUACAGAGGAUUGUGUUUGUUGGCAACAGUCCCACAUAAUCCUAGCAGUGAGACAAAUGACAGUAACGUGGGAGUAAACCUAGGGUCUAGCCAAGGGCCAGAGGACUCCUCAGAAGAUGUCUCAGUACGGAAGGGGACAUCCCAAGCAGAUAGAGGGCAGUGUACGCAGAAACGACGGCAUGAAGAAGACCCAGCUGAGAGCCAUCCCAAAUCCUUGAGGCAAAGCAAAUAGUGUUGCAAAAGACAAAAUACAAACAAUCCCUCAGUCAUUCUGGACGGCAUCCUCUCCUACUGUGCCCUCAGCAAACUUAUAACAGGAACUGGAACAUGUUUUCCCUCAGGAGUUGCACUGGAGAGAUCUAGAUGAAAAUCCUGACUGUUGAUUGUCUAGUCAUGCAUGCUCACCAUUGCUAUUUGAAAUCACUUCCAGAUUAGGCAUCAAACAUUCCGGGAACUUGGCCUCAGGUUGGGCUUGGGCUCCAUCAGGUGCAAAUCUUUGACCACGUUUACAUCCACACAAUACUCUACAGUUAAGGUUCAUAUUCUCCUUAAGAUAAGCAAUAAGAAUACAGUAGAACCUUGGUUAGCAUCAUUCAUUUGUUCCAGAAUGUCCGACUCUAACCAAACCAGACGCUAACUGAAUACAUUUUUUCCAUAAGAAAUAAUGUAAAUCCAAUUCAGCCCUUCCAGAAAGCCCAAAAAGUUGACACAAAAAACAUUUAUAGUUUUACAAUUGAAGUUUUACAUGCAGAAAACAAUUGGAAAUCCAUACAAGUACAUAUAAAUGAUGAAUAGAAGGGGUAAAUGAACAUUUACAGUUACUUUUACCUUCACUGAAGAUGUGAUUCUUGAUGUGCUGUUCCCAAAGAUACGAUGUGGCAGCAAGACACCACAUGGACACCACCUCAAUUCAAGAAAUAACUCAUGGCAAACCAGGAAGGUGGUGUCCGUGUGGUGUCUUGCUUGCCACAUCGUGUCUUUGGGAACACUCACAAAUACAGUAUCAAACAUCAAAGCAAACUCAAGCUAAGGUGAUCCGAGAGUUAUGAACGGGUACUGUUCAUAGGACGUGUUAGUCGGAACUCAUACCUAAAUGAACACGUAAGUCACUCACACUGUACACAAAACACAUGAAGGACUUAAAAUACAGUAAUAAAAACACUUGAGACAUUUUAAACAGUGAAAAAUGUAUUGUUUUGAGAUCAAUAUGCACGGCUCAAAAAAAUUAAAGGGACACUUGGAAAACACAUCAGAUCUAAACUGGGGGAAAAAUGAUCUUGAAUAUCUUUCCUGAUAAUAAGUGGGUGAUGCAAUAGUAACAAAAUGAUGCCACAUGAUUUGAUAGAAAUGAAAAUGAUCACCCUAGGAGGAGAUCCCCCAGGACCCCAUCCGUAGUCUCAUUAGGAGCAUGCCCCGACGUUGUCAGGCAUGCGUACAAGCACGUGGGGGCCACACAAACUACUGAGAAUGAUUUUGAGUUGCUACAAUGACAUUUUAGCUAAAUGGACCAGUCUGCUGCAUCAUUUUUUCACUUUCAUUUUUGGGGUGUCUUUGAUUUCCCCCCUCUAUAGGGUGAUCAUUUUCAUUUCUAUCAAAUUAUGUGGCAUCAUUGUGUUACUAAUACAUCACCCACUUAUUAUCAGGAAAGAUAUUCAACAUCAUUUUUCCCCCAGUAUUAGAUCUCAUGUGUUCCUUUAAUUUUUUUGAGCAGUAUAUAUACAGUAUAUAUAUAUACACACACACACACACACACACACACACACACGAAGAGAUGUAUAUAACCAUUAAGAGAAUCUGAUUUGGAGAUCACAAGAUGAUGUAUUUUGUAAAUAUUUGCCUUUCUUUCAAAACGUUUGUAUAUUUGGGGUUCCACAACUCUUUUUGUAAGGAGCGCCUAUCUUACCAAACCACAACGUUUUAGGGGGGGUGGCAUGGAAUGUAUCACCCUGUUGGUCUCAAAUCUUUUUUUAAUAUAAAUAAAGACCAAAGUAAUGCAUUGAUAAUAUAUGUUUUGGAAAUAAAC